AUGAAUGAAGAUAGCGAUAGAGCUACCGCAAGCGAUUUGCUCGUGACCGGCGGAGUUCCGUUCCCUGUUGUCCUCGGAGCCGUUGCCAUCGUCAAGAGCGGACAAGUUGCCCACUACAGCCUUCAACGAACAGGAGAACUCACUUCAGCAGCACGUGGGCGCGUGAGAGGAGCAUGGGAGAGGGGCAGAGCCUUGAGAUCCGGAGUGCGGGCGUCGAAGUCAUUUGUACAGUCAGGGUACAGACUUUCUUCCAAGGCUGUGCAAACUGCUUACAGGCAGUGCUUGGUUGUCCUCCGCGUCGGCAGACAAUUGGGCAAGAUUUUUGUGAAGUUUGUGAUCCGAUCUUCAAAGUUUCUCUUGCGCCACCUGCAGCAUCACAUCACUAAGACGAUCCCGCGGGCCCUGAGGUCCAUGGCGCGUUAUGCCCUGACGACGAGCAAGGCGGUUCUGCGAGUUUCAUCUCUCCUCGUCGAGAACGCGUACCUUCACUCCUACUCCGUCUCGAUGGCGAUCUGGCAGUACGUGCUGAGGAUGGUAGCGACCGGCUCCUACUUGACGGUGACAAGCAUCGGAGGAGUGUCUGUGUAUGUCUUUCAAACUUCCAAGGCGUUUGCCAACGCGAGCUUGCAGCUGACUCGCUCGACGGUCGUCUUCAUAUGGCUCCUAGCACAACUGUCUCAGGGCGUCCGAGGGGCUCCGACAGCGGUCGUCUUGAACCUUGAGAAUGCUCGACAGUCCGUCAAUCCAUCGAUAGACAGCAAGGACGCCUUGCCUGUCUUCGUCUUCUCCGCAAAUCUUCUCCUUCAGGCUCAGUGGGAAGGGAUGGGAUCAUCGUAUCCUCGUUCAAGGCAGGAAGGAUGCUUCACCGAUGGGCGGACCGAGUGGUGGACGUUGUACUGCCCGACCCCCACGGGUCAAGGUCUCGUUUCUCUCGAUUCCAGUACAAUGGGCUCAGAGGAUGCCACUGUCGCCGGCACCAUCGUCAAGGUGGGGACGCGAAGUUUCACAUACACACAGAAGGGCAUCCGGUCGAUUCCAAAAGUCACAAGCGAGCUUUCUUCUCGAGCCUUCAAUCUGCUGCGUAGACACCCAGGAGCAUACGAGCAGGAGAAGGUCCGACUUCAGACUUGUCCAAAUGGCCCUCGACAGGCUCUGGAAGAGGACUCUUGCUCGCACCUCCACAUCCGAGGGAUCGAGGAGGAAGUGCAUCAAGUCCUGGAUGUCCUCGUUGACACCGUGUCGAGCAAGUUUGUAGAUUAG